AUGGCCCGUAGGACCCUGGUAUUGGCUGCCCUGGCGCUGACCUUGCUGCUCCUGCCGCCAGCCCUUGCAUGGUACAAGCCUGCGGUGGGACCCCACCACUACUCGGUGGGCCGCGCCUCGGGGCUACUGUAGUCCCCAGCACUCCCAGUCAGAACAGGACCCCUACGCUUGGAGAUGUGCUCCAGCCUAAGGAGCCUUGUGAGUGCAAGCAGGCCGAGGGUGGAGGGAGCUGGUGGGAUAGCAGCAGGACCUCAGCCUCCACCACCCACCCAGGCCCUGUGUGUCAAAGACCCCGAACCUGCAGAGCUGCCAGCGGCAAUUCAACAGCCCGGGAGGCGGAAUGCUGGAGGCCUGAGCCGCCCCCCCCCGCCCAAUCUUGCUUGA